CUCGGUUGUAGAAGAAGCACGAAGCUUGUCCUUUCCGACCCAGCGCCGAGUUUCCAGUCUCCGCCGACCAGUGCCUUCAAGUGUGUUAUUUAGCUGGAAGGGCCACGCGGCGACCAUGGCGUCGACAACUCUGCUGUGUGUCUUGCUGCUACUAGCAUCCUCAGCACGUAUCGUUCGCGCUCAGGCCUCUCAACUAUGCUCCCCGCAAGCCACUUCUUAUGCCUUUAUUGCAGAGGACAUUGGACUACAUGUGUUGGUGCAGACGUUCCAAACACCUACCAACAUAGGUGCUUUUGACACCACUCCAUUUGUUUUCGAGCCUCCGGAACUAACUGGCCAAUACGUAAAUUUAGAAAUUGUAUUGGAGGGUAUCAUUGCAGGGGCGGCUGAGCCGUAUAUUCAAACACAAACUACAAAUGCACUUAGGGACCGACCAAUUGGUAUUGUUUUUCCAGUUGAGGUGGUUUUUACUGGCAGCAAAGAGUUUUGUCAAAUUGCUUUGAAUCUGGUGCGCCGUGGGUCACCAGCAGUUGUCAGUGGAGUUGGUUCCAAUGAUUCGAUUACGUUAAAUGAUUCUCAGGGAGCAACAUUCACGGCAUCUCGGCUCAGUAUUAAUGUGUCCGCACCAGCAAAUGGACUUUCUCUAUACAACAUUUGUAGCAGCAGCAAUACCACUCUAGCAUCUCAUCUUACUCUAUCACUUGUAUCAACUGGUGUUACUACUCAAGUUGAUCUACUUGCAGAUUUCACCAACAUCCCCACCAUCUUCUCCAAUGCCCUGAAUUUCACCAUUGAUUUGUGUGUGACGGACAAUGGCUUCAACAAGACCUCGAUGUACAGCAAUUCACUCUACGAAUCAUGGCACACCGCAUCAUCUCGCACUUCUGUCACACUGGAGAUCCUCCAAGCUCCGGAUCGUUGCGGUAUGAUGAUGCCAUGCAUGAAUGGAGGAACUUGUACCAAUGUACUCGGAGGCCAUACAUGUACCUGUACAGCAGAUUACACUGGCUCCAAUUGUGAAACUGCACUAGCCAUGGAUGAAUGUGCCAGUGGUACGCACAACUGCAGUUCAAAUGCUAAUUGCUCUGACCUGCCAACUGGCUUUAGCUGUACUUGUAUAACCGGCUAUAGUGGAGAUGGUUAUUCAUGCCAAGAUGUGAAUGAGUGUUCAGCAGCUACACCGCCAUGUCACCCACAGGCAAGCUGUAGCAAUCAGAUUGGUUCCUUUACCUGCACCUGCAAUCCAGGGUACUCUGGAUCGGGGACAUCAUGUUCCAACGUGGUUGAGUGUGACGGUGACCCGGCCCCAUGCCAUGUUACAGCUAUAUGUGUAGACAGUGUGGGUAGCUACAGCUGUCAGUGCAACACAGGGUACAGUGGAGAUGGUGUCACUCAACCAUGUGCAAAUGUGGAUGAGUGCCUUGAUGGCAGUCACAACUGCUCCAACUCGGCAUCAUGCACAGACAACGACGGUGCAUUCGUGUGUGCAUGUUUGCCUGGAUAUACUGGUGAUGGCUUCGAUUGCACAGAUGUCAAUGAAUGCUUGCAGGGUGUAUGCGACGCUAACGCUACCUGCAUGAAUAUGCCGGGAACACACACUUGCAUGUGUAAUGUCGGAUUCACCGGCAAUGGAUCAGCAGGACAAUGUGCCAACAUUGACGAGUGCCAAGCAGUACCAUCACCGUGCAGUACCAAUGGGAUUUGCAUGGACACACAGGGAUCUUACACGUGCCAGUGUAAACCUGGCUAUGUCGGUGAUGGUGUUACAUGCGACGAUAGCAACGAGUGCAACACUGGAACCCAUAACUGUGUUUCCACCGCUGAAUGCUACAAUAAGGCCGGCGGCUUUGGUUGUCGCUGCUUGCCAGGGUAUCGAGGCACUGGAAAUACAACCUGUUUCAAUGUUAAUGAAUGCCAACAGCCUCCGGGACCAUUCGGCCCUGAUCUGGACGGAACAAGCUACUUUUUUGAUUUAACCUACUACCUACGUCAGCCUUUGUUAGCAAACGGCACACGCAUUGAUCAGCGGAUACCGCUUUGCCAUAGUCUGGCAACAUGCGCGGAUGUGCAGGGAAGCUUCACAUGCACAUGUAAUUCAGGAUAUACUGGAACUGGCUACAACUGCAGUGAUAUUGAUGAAUGCAGUUUAGACAUUUGUGAUGACCAUGCUAGUUGCCAGAAUUCGGUGCCAGGUCAUACGUGUACUUGUGAUUUUGGCUACACUGGCAAUGGAAUGACGUGCACAGAGAUCACAUGCCCGCUACCAAUGGCACCAGCAUUCGGUUCUUUCAAGCUGGACGGGUUCAACUACACAAAUGCCAUGCCCACUGACUCCGAUUUCAAAUACACCAGGACAGUCACAUAUUCCUGUAACGAUGGACAUCGCUUGGUUGGUUCGAACACGACACAAUGUCAGCUAUCAGGCACGGUCAGUACUGCUCCGCCGGUUUGCCAGAACGACAACGAAUGUGCCACUGGCACUCAUUCGUGCGAUGCCAAUGCACUGUGCAUGGACCGGAACAGCACAUUCUCCUGCCAGUGUAUCGCCGGCUACACCGGAGCCGGAACUGUUGGCACCUGUCAGAAUGUGAAUGAGUGCUUGGGCACCCCUUUUCCGUGCAGUACCAAUGCUUUCUGCAAUGACACGACUGGCUCAUAUACUUGUUCAUGCAACAGCGGAUAUUCCGGCAAUGGCAUCACUUGCAUGGAUAUUGAUGAAUGUGUUACUGGUGCUCACAAAUGCCACGCGCAGGCAAGCUGUACGAACACGGAUGGUGCGCACACGUGUGCUUGUGUCUCCGGCUUCACGGGCAAUGGAUCCACCUGCGUUGACGUAACGGACUGCACGCCAACCUCUUGUGGAACUGGAACAUGUGUUGACGGCACCAAUGAUUUCACUUGCAUGUGUCCACCAGGACUAACGGGUGCAAGAUGCCAAACAGAUGUGGAUGAAUGCGCCAGUGGAAGCCAUAAUUGUCACACACGGGCAUUGUGUACGAAUACGUUUGGUUUUUUUGCCUGCGCCUGCUUCGACGGCUAUGCCGGAAAUGGCCGAGACAACUGUACAGAUGUGAAUGAGUGUCAGGCUGGCACUGAUAACUGUGAUUCCAACGCAAACUGUACCAACACCAUGGGAUCGUUUACCUGUGCCUGCAAAACUGGUUACCAAGGUGAUGGAGUGUCAUGUUCAGAUGUGAAUGAGUGUCAGGCUGGCACAGAUAACUGUGAUUCAAACGCAAACUGUACCAACACCAUGGGAUCGUUUACCUGUGCCUGCAAAACUGGUUACCAAGGUGAUGGAGUGUCAUGUUCAGAUGUGAAUGAGUGUCAGGCUGGCACUGAUAACUGUGAUUCCAACGCAAACUGUACCAACACCAUGGGAUCGUUUACCUGUGCCUGCAAAACUGGUUACCAAGGUGAUGGAGUGUCAUGUUCAGAUGUGAAUGAGUGUCAGGCUGGCACAGAUAACUGUGAUUCAAACGCAAACUGUACCAACACCAUGGGAUCGUUUACCUGUGCCUGCAAAACUGGUUACCAAGGUGAUGGAGUGUCAUGUUCAGAUGUGAAUGAGUGUCAGGCUGGCACUGAUAACUGUGAUUCCAACGCAAACUGUACCAACACCAUGGGAUCGUUUACCUGUGCCUGCAAAACUGGUUACCAAGGUGAUGGAGUGUCAUGUUCAGAUGUGAAUGAGUGUCAGGCUGGCACUGAUAACUGUGAUUCCAACGCAAACUGUACCAACACCAUGGGAUCGUUUACCUGUACCUGCAAAACUGGUUACCAAGGUGAUGGAGUGUCAUGUUCAGAUGUGAAUGAGUGUCAGGCUGGCACUGAUAACUGUGAUUCAAACGCAAACUGUACCAACACCAUGGGAUCGUUUACCUGUGCCUGCAAAACUGGUUACCAAGGUGAUGGAGUGUCAUGUUCAGAUGUGAAUGAGUGUCAGGAUGACACUGACAACUGUGAUUCAAACGCAAAUUGUACCAACACCAUGGGAUCGUUUACCUGUGCCUGCAAAACUGGUUACCAAGGUGAUGGAGUGUCAUGUUCAGAUGUGAAUGAGUGUCAGGCUGGCACUGAUAACUGUGAUUCAAACGCAAACUGUACCAACACCAUGGGAUCGUUUACCUGUACCUGCAAAACUGGUUACCAAGGUGAUGGAGUGUCAUGUUCAGACAUCAAUGAAUGUGCCGGAUCAGUUUGCGACGCUCAGGCCACUUGUACUAACACCAAUGGCAGCUUCACGUGCGCAUGCAAUCUGGGCCACAGCGGAAACGGCUUUGCAUGCCAAGAGAUAACAUGUAUGCUACCGACAGCCCCCACCAAUGGACAGUUCGUACUGGUGGGAUUCGACACAGCCUAUGGACCACCGACUGAUGCGGAUUUCACCUACAACAGCGUUGUUCAGUUCUCGUGCAACAUUGGAUACCGACUGGUGGGCGCUGUGAGCACCAGCUGCCAGCUUUCCGGCAUGACAGAUAACAUGCCGCCAGUUUGUCAGAACGUGAACGAGUGUGCCAAUCAGACACUGAAUCGUUGCGACAGCAAAGCUCUGUGCAUGGAUGCAAACGGUACAUUCAACUGCAGGUGCGUUGCUGGCUACCAGGGCAACGGCUUUGCUGGCAAUUGCACAAAUAUCAAUGAGUGUACUGGGUCUCCAUGUGAUUCCAAUGCUAUGUGUAAUGAUACACUGGGCUCGUACACAUGCGCAUGCAACUCCGGGUAUAGUGGAAAUGGACAGACUUGCCUGGAUGUGAAUGAGUGUCAGGCUGGCACUGAUAACUGUGAUUCAAACGCAAACUGUACCAACACCAUGGGAUCGUUUACCUGUGCCUGCAAAACUGGUUACCAAGGUGAUGGAGUGUCAUGUUCAGAUAUCAAUGAGUGUGCCGGACAAGUUUGUCAUGGUCAGGGGACUUGCACAAACACUGUUGGCAGUUUUACAUGCGCUUGUAAUGCCGGAUUCUCUGGAGACGGUUUCAACUGCCUAGAUGUGGAUGAGUGUAGCAACGGAAUGCAUCAAUGUUACGUAACAGCCAGCUGUAUGAAUAUGCCAGGAACAUACAACUGUGUAUGUCCUGCGGGAGCUCUGGGCAAUGGAUAUGACACAUGUGUGUUCAACCUCACUGUCCCAGUACAACCCACCGGCGGUGUCGAUCAGCCCAGCUCCCUGACGUCAACGGCCAUCCUGUACAGGUACAACACUGGCCUGACGUUAUGGGAACCGGAAUCUGUUAAUCGCACUACUCAGGUCUAUAUCCACCAUGUGCCACAAGACAUUAUCGUCCGAUUCUUCAUUGAAUAUCAAUUCGCAGACGCGGUGGAAAGAGCGGUGGCGUUCAACACCCAGUACUCUGGAACAAGUGAUGUGCGGGCGGCUUUCAGCAGCUGGGCUCACCAAUCCGUGAAUGAGCAAAUGCCUGCGAUCAGAGCAAUGCCGUCCGGAGGCCACUUCAAUGUCUGGGUGACAUUGCCAGUGGUUGACGCGGCGGUGACCGUACUUUAUCAGCAAUGGCGCGUGCAAACACGACCGUUGACAGACGCUUGUCAGAAAGCCGUUGGAGAUACAGAUGGAAGCGGAGAUACAGAUGGAACCGGAAGCGGAGAUACAGAUGGAAGCAAGUGCUCCUGGACAGAAUACACAGCGGCAGCCAGCAACGUGAAUAUGACAUUCAUGCAACAGGCUGCUGGCAUCUUUGAGAUGCGUGUCUUCUUGUUCAGCGCAACUAGGACUUCUGAGUACUCGGUUCCAACUCUAUACGGUGUGGCGCAGUCUGAUUGUCCGGCUGUUGGCAACGUGACGAAUGGCAAUGUCGCGGGUGGCGUUGGCCCCAUCGAGCCCGGUCACACUCUAACGUUCAGCUGCAAUCCCGGCUACGCGCUCAUCGGGGCUAGUUCGAUCACGUGCAGGCUAACGGGUACCUACACGGCCUCUCCGCCGAUGUGCAACGACGUGGAUGAGUGCCAGGCUGGCUCGCAUGACUGUGCGUUUAUCGGUGGUGUGUGUACAAACACUCCUGGUGGAUUCACUUGCCAUUGCAACACCAUGUACUACAGCGGUGAUGGCAGGCAGUGCACGCCGCAUGCUCCUAUUGCUGCUGUGAGCCGACGGGGAGCUACAUCCCUUCAAUUUGAGCUCUUUCCACAGAGGUCUAUCCUCAACCCUAUGUUUUGUGGCCAGCUAGACUCCGUGCCGGAUGUAACCCGUCCAUGGGGCCUUCCUGCCCCGAUUGCCAUUUGUAGAGUAACCGCCUUACUUGACUUCACAGGCCUGCAGGAAUACACAAACUAUACUUUUGCAGGAUACUUCGUCAUUGACAACAUCUCUACAUCGGCCACAUCUGUUGCUGUCACUGCUGAAACACUGGAGGCCGCUCCUUCCGCCUCACCAGUGUUCCAGACCCCGACCGUUGGAGUUAACAAUGUGACCUUCCGGUGGACCACGAUUAAUGCCAUUGAUGUCAAUGGACGCUUUCUUCACCACCGACUGGAAGUGAACUCAGUUGUCUACACUGUACUAGGAGAGGAGUUGACUGUGCUGAACUUGCGGCACAAUACGGCUGUCACUGCAAGAGUGUCGGUUGUGAGUGGCGGGGGCCAAGGACCCCAGGCAUCCCAGACGGUAACGACAUUCAGCAAACAGCCUCUAUCACCGCCUGUUAUAUCUUUGAAGGUUGACACUGGCAUUGUGGCAAACUUUUCCCAAACACCUGCCGAUGGCUUCGACAUACUCAGAUACUGCCUUUCGUACUUGAGGGUUGUAACCGAGGGAGGUCAAAUGUUCACUUUAGCAGGCCGGGAUGUAUGCAGCUCGGAACCUGUUGUUGACACGUUAACAUUGGACAUGAAUGGAAAUUAUUCAGUUUGGGCAUACUUUGAAAGCAGUCCGACAGUUCCUGCAGGUGUACUUGGCACCAGUCCACUCUCAGCAAGACAGGAUGUGAUGACAACGACCGGGGUCUCUUCUUUGUACACUAUCUCUGCGAUUCCCGGUGUGGACAACGUGACACUUGACCUGGACUCAUCCUAUCUGCCCGCCGUGAUACAAAUGUACACACAGAAUGUAGCAACGCCUCAGAAUUUCACUGUGAGCGUUGCACGGUACGUCAUCUUGGGAUUGCUCUUUAAUACGUACCACACGUUUGAGCACAUUCAUCACUAUGGUGCAAGCGAUCCACGCAAUGGACGUGUCGGCUCGGUCACAACAAAAACCUUGCAGGCUGUGCCACCGGUACCAGAAAAUCUGAUCAUCGCCAGCAGUGCAACAGCAAUCACCGUCCAAUCGCCGUCACCUGUUGUCGAUUACGUACUGAAGGCUGUCUGUGCCAUCUUCAAGGCCCUGAGUAAAUCGUCUGUCCAGUUGAAUCAGCCUCCAUUGACAGUGUGUAACACUGGUAGUACACUGGUUGAGCUGCGCAACCCCAUGCCCGACACCAACUACAGUGUCAGUGUGUACCACAUCAAUGGCAACGACCAGAUAGGUGCUACGUCCGUGCCUGUAACAACAAAAACGCCGCCAGCUGCACCAUCCAGUUCACCAGUGGGACUUACUGUCAAAAUGGUGACCAACUCGUCGAUAACUCUGACAUGGCAGCCAAUCCCGCGGCUUGAUCUGAACGGAGAGUUUGUCCACUAUUUGCUUGCUGCUACUAGCCCUGGCGCGUCAAUUCCAUUCUACACAGCAACUCCCACGGUAGAAACCUUACUGAUCACCAAUUUGCAGAAUGGUCAGGUGGUCUUUUUCAGUGUGGCAGUUGUUUCGACGGGAGGACAAGGUCCAUCUGCGAAUAUCAAUGCUACCAUUCGAGAUGAGGAUGAGUGCAGGACUGGAACGAACAACUGUGCAGCUGAUGGUGUUUGCAUCAAUUUGGAUGGCUCGUUUACAUGUCGCUGCGCAACGGGAUUUAGCGGAAACGGAACAUACUGCGAAGAUUUGCUAGAGUGCGGCCUGGCGGAUGGCUUAUACACGCAAGCUGACAGUAGUUCCCUUACGGUCUCACCAAAGAAGAUUGUUUUGGAGUACAAUGGCAAAGUUGUGUCGGAUACAGAUCGCUGCUCGUCCGAUGCCCAAUGUGCGAAUCUGUUGGGAUCUUUCGCCUGUGCUUGUGUCACAGGCUAUCAAGGAAAUGGAAUCAAUUGCACAAUUGUUACAUGCGCUACUCCAUUGGCGCCUACAUUUGGUAGUUUCUCUCUACCGGCUGGUGUAUCAAGCUUUGUCUAUAACACAGUGGGAACAUUUGCCUGCAAUCCCGGCCAUCGCCUUGUCGGCCAUGCCACCACACAGUGUUUAGCCCAUGGUGAUGUCAGCAGCACACCGCCCAUGUGCCAGAACGUCAACGAGUGUGCUAAUGCCACAUUGCAUACAUGCGAUCAAAAUGCGCUGUGUAGUGAUGUCAAUGGCACGUUCAGCUGCAAGUGUAUGGGUGGAUACACUGGUGACGGCCAAGCUGGAAACUGCCACAACAUUGAUGAAUGUUUGGCUAGCCCAUGCCAUGUGGAUGCUGGCUGCAUUGAUAAUGAUGGCGGAUACAUGUGUCUGUGCAAGCCAGGUUACAACGGAAAUGGAACCCAAUGUCAAGAUGAUGAUGAGUGUGCUAUGGGUAGUCACAGAUGCUCACCAAACGCGCAGUGCACCAACACACCGGGAACGUACACGUGUGCGUGUCAUGCGGGCUACACAGGCAAUGGAACGCAAUGCAAAGAUAUCGUGGACUGUAUGUCAUCGUCGUGUGGGCCAGGCACAUGUGUUGAGCUGGUUGCUGGCUUCACGUGCAAUUGCCCACUGGCAUUCACUGGAGACCGAUGCCAGUCAGAGGUUGACCAGUGCAUGAUGGGUCUGCAUAACUGCGACAGUGAGGCAACGUGCAUGGAUACUACACAUGGUUUCACAUGCCAAUGUUGGUCUGGACUAGCUGGUAACGGAACUAUCGGUAACUGUGCAGAUAUAAAUGAAUGCCUGACCUCACCGUGUCAUACUGAUGGUGUUUGUACGAACACACACAGAAGCUACAACUGUACCUGCAAAGAUGGUUAUGUUGGAAACGGACGCGACUACUGUGUGAAGGAGCUUGUGAUCGAUGUAACGCCUCAAACCCGCAAUGCCUCCGGUGAUUUGCUAAGCUCACGGUCGGACAUUGUCAUCUUCUCCAGCUCUAACAUUGGCGAUGCCUGGGUGCCAGUGAGGUCCUUCUCCGGUGUAGGGAUGGUAGCCGUUCCAGAUAUAUCCUCGCCAGGAAGAUACUCCGUAAAAGUGACAUCCACCUACGAAUAUCCAGACCGAGUGGACACAGACACACAGUUCUACUACGUCAAUGUACAGCAGAGUAACUAUUUCGACUCUCUCUCCGAAUGGGUGCUGGGCAUGUCCAACAACGCCUCGUCCUUCCUGGAUGUACUGGCGACCCAGGAAAACCAGUUUGAGGUAACCAUCAAACUGCCCACACUGAGCAUGCUUGAUCAGGCUGGCCUGACCAACUGGGUGGUGGAAUGGAGAGCAUACAGCAGUGUUUGCCAAACAGCUAGCACCGUGGCUGGAUGUGACUGGACGCGCUUCAACACUGCAAUAGACAACAAGGAGAUUGUGAUUCCAGCAAUGAGUGGUGAUUAUGAGCUAAAGACGUUUGGUGAAGAUCUUCAAAGUGGCCGCCGCCGAAGGCAGACAUCAACAGAUGAUCAGUCACCCCCUGUGACAGUCAGCAUUAAUGGAACAUUGGCAAACUGCAGCGCGGUGAUGGUACCAUCCGGUACAGCCAUGCCAGCGACGUCCAUCAUCGCUGGACAAAACGUGACCAUCAUGUGCCUGUCUGGCUUUACGCUUUCCGGGAGCAAUGUCCUGCACUGUCUGCCAAAUGCCACGUACAACGCACCUAUUCCAAGCUGUGAUGAUGUUGAUGAGUGUGCCGCCCAGCCAAGUCCGUGCGGUUCCAACGCCAGUGCAAUGUGUAUGAAUACCGUGGGAUCAUUCAUGUGCAUCUGUAGACCGGGUUAUGAAGUCUCCACACCAACAACGUGUGUUGAUACUGAUGAAUGUAGUACUGGUGCACAUAACUGUGAUGCUAAUGCAAUGUGUGCAAACAACGCUGGAUCCUUCAACUGUAUGUGCAACACUGGCUAUUCUGGAAACGGCACAAGCUGUACUAUCCAAUCCUGCCCACAGCUGACUGCACCAGCGGACUCCACGCUAAUGCCGAGCAAUCAAGCUACCAUUGGUGGCACAGUCACUCUUCGGUGUAACAUUGGAUACGAGCCAACUGGAGAGACAAUUGUAGCUUGUCAGGAUGAUGGAACAUACAAUGGAACGCUGUCAAGUUGCACAGAUAUCGAUGAGUGCACAAGUGGAGUUCACAAUUGCCCAGCGUCUGCCAUGUGUCUGAACAACCGAGGUAGUUUUAUCUGUAUGUGCUUGGCCGGCUAUACUGGAACAAACUGUGAAACCAACAUUGACGAAUGCGUCCGUGACGAUGUGCAGUGUGCUAACGGUGGCACACGUCAAGAUGAGAUCAAUGACUGUGUGUGCCUGUGCGCGGUUGGCUUCAUGGGCAAGUAUUGCAACAUGUCAACGCAAUGCUCUAACGACACGGCGUGCAGCGCAACUGGUUACUGCAGUCAAACGUGCUCUCCACCAGCCACCUUGCCACCAUUCACCACAUCUCUGCUUGACGAGGUGCAGCGGAGUGAGGCUACGAUCCCGACCAGCUUUGAUGGUGAAAAGUGCGUGCUUGUUGAUCCCAGCAACCACCCUACUCCGACAAAUGAGCUGACAAUAUUCGCCUCAGUCUUCCUGGAGGACUUCACAGAUGGCUAUAUCCUACUGAAGGGAGACUCACCAGAUUCUCAAGCGUAUGGUCUGCGCAUCGUCUAUGAGGGCGGUACUGCUGGAGCAAAGAUUAUUUUCCCUCAUCCUGUUGUCGAAAACUCAGCUCAGCGCCACGCCAUUUACCAGGCACCUAUUCCAAGUUCGGUCUCUCUUUUCGGUCGUUGGGUGACGGUAGCCGUGACAGUUACCAACACACCCGCAGGACUGUCUUCGUCCACACUCUACAAGUUCUUUGUUGAUGGUGUCAAAGUUAAUGAAAGGCCGCGCUCGAAUCGAAGAGCUGACUUUGGAACCUUGGGUGGCCCUCUACAUGUGGGCUGUCGUGCUGACACAUCGCUGUUCCGCUUCAAGGGCAAGAUGCGACACGUCUACAUGUACAACAGUGCCCUGAACGACUCGCAAGUUGCAGCGCUGCAUGCCAGCAGUGUCCAGAACGGACGCUGUGUGAACUAUCUUGGCGCGGGCGAUGCAUGCCAGCAAGUUACUUACCACUACGCUGCUCGAACUCGUGCGCAUUGUGUUCUGGAGAAUGCCAAGUGUCUUCCAUCGUUACGCUGUGCGGCGAGCUCCACGUCAAGCACCGGCUACUCCUGCCAAGAUGUUGGAACGUCUUGUAUGACCAGUAGUGACUGCACCAUACCAUCUCAGUUCUGCUACGACUCUGCAAGUAUCCCACCAGUCAGCACCAUGCCGUCAGCUGUGGAGCUGUUGCAUCAUGUCAGCGGCAGAGUGACAGCGUAUGAUGGAACACGCGUCACUACUGUUGCCAACGACCGAGCCUAUCCUAACAUUGUCAGCAGCUUCACUAUCUUUGCCCAAGUUCGGCAAGAUGCUGGCACUUCGGGCUACUUGCUCAUGAAAGGCUCUGAACAUCAAAACCGUGACUACGCUCUGUUCCUGCGUGGAACCAAUCGCCAGUGGUGGCUUGACCUGCGUACAGUCCGUGGCACGGUUAGCAUCAUUGCACCACGGUUAACCGUUGCCGGCCGCGGCUGGAAGACCAUCGGCGUGGUUGUCAAUGUACCAACAGACACAGUGGCGUUCUACGUUGACGGGCGACCAGUGCUUACGAAACUGCUAAAUUUGAACGGCACUGCACUGGAUCUCCAGCCACAGAAACAUAUCCUGGUGGUGGGUGGUCGUAUCAGCAACAGUGGUACAAAUCCCUACCAGUUCCGUGGUGACAUCUCCAUUGUGCGUGUCAUGCCAAUGGCUAUGACACAGGCACAGAUCUACGCUGAGCAUGUUGCGGCUAGCAAAGUGACAGGAGUGUGCAACACGUACAGCACUGCCAAUGCAGCAUGCAGCCUGGCCACCAGUGAUGCCAAUACACCAAAGAGGUGUGGUGCCGGUCUUGACUGUGUGCCGGUUCCAGCCAUGGGCAGAGGUGUACACACACAUCUACUACCACCGUCCACGCCAUCGGCAUCCCUGCAAUAUCCUGAUGGAAAGUGCAUCCUGUCCAACUGUGCGUGCACGGCGCAGGACACAGACGAUGAGGUGUGCGGACGCGACGGAGCACGCUAUCGCAAUCUCUGCGAAGCUCAGUGUGCAGACACUACGCUCACAACUGCACAGGCAUGUCUCACGUACGAAGCAAUGUAUCGACGAGCAAGGGGACUCUAGGCAGCUGAGCUCACCAGACUGAUGUUUCUUCAUCUGUCCCCGUAAAUUUUUAUGAAUAUUUCAUGAUUUUAGUCAAUUUCUCAACCGUUUUAGAUUAUUUGAAUGUUCAACUGCUACUCAGUGUAGUCCAAGCAUUAACUGACAUCUACAUUUGCCUAAGCCGAACGUAUGAACAUCAAAUGGGUUCUGAUUUCUCUCUCACUCUCCCGUAUUUCGCAUUGGACCCUGACUCUUAUUUCCUUCUUCCAAAAUGCUGUAGUGAUUUCUGGGUCAUCCAGGCCCACUUGCCUUGCAAUUUAAAAUGAAGUCAACAUGAACAACAGAAUACUUGCAUAGAUCGCAAAAUUUACUUGCUUGUACGUGAUUUUUUCAUACCGGUAUCUCCUCUUUGAUUUGCUGAGCAACUUUCACGUCAAUCUCACUAAACUGAUCGCAACUUUCUAGCAGUUCCACAGCCGCAGUGUUUUCAGUGUGUCUGGAUGUGUUCUUGGAACAAUUUCUUGCAUGCGUAAUUAAAAAAAUAGCAUACCACUCCUUGGUUGCAGGACGUCA